CUACGUGGCGAGUGUUCAGUCGGAUGCGAGUUAGUGUGUGUGUCGAGGCCCUCCACCGCGCACCAUCACACCCCAAGACUAUAUCACAAUCUACACCAUGGCCCUGAAGGUUCCCAGCAGCGCGUCGUGGGGCGUUGUGGUGCUGCUGUUCUGCGCCUUGGCCGCGGAGGCUCGGCCUGACGACUGCUGCUACGGGAGGAAGAACGUCGCCCACGGGGAGACUGUGCUCACCAUCCCCUCCUGCUGCGUCUCCUUCUCCUGCUCCGACGGGGACAUCCGACCCUCGCACUUAGGCGGCGUCGGGGCAUCGGGCUGCUGCGAGUUCGGCGGCCAGCUGUACCCCAACGGCAGCUCCCUCUCGGCGCACUGCAGCAGCCUCAGAUGCGUGAACGGGAAUUGGACCUGGACUGGCCGGUUUCAGGACUGUUGCGGGCGGUGCACCCUUCACAACAGCGGCCACGUGAUGACCUUCGACAAGACGCACUACCACUGGGCCGGCCCUUGCAACUACACGGUGGCGCAGACCGGCUCCUCGCAGCACCCCGAGACCGGCGUCUUUACUUCCUUCGCGCCCUGCCACGGCUCCUACUGCCUGCAGAAAACCACCUUCAGGAACGACCCCUACACCGUAGUCUCCCUCAGCCACGAUCACACUGACGGCACCACCUCCUUGCUGGUAAACGGGAACUUGUACGCAGUGCCUUCGUCUGGCGUCCACACGGUGACGGUCGGCGGCACCACGUACCCGCUGCUGGCGUGGCGCACCCCCUACUGCAUCGCGCUGGUCGGCUCAUCGGGGAUCAUGCUGUUGCACUGUCGCUACCGCCUGGACGUGUGGGCCUACCCAACGCACGCCUCGCAGCUCCACGGCCUCUGCGGACACUUCAACUUCAACCCCCUCGACGACAUGACGGCACGCGACGGCACCGUCUACCCCGUGACCACCUUCCCCCUGGCCUUCCCGGAGUCCUGGAGGACGGCCGAGCAGAGCAGUGUUCAGUGCAAGCAGUGCAGAGACUGUGGCCGCCCCACGAGGGACAACAUGUGUAAGGCAAGGCCAGCAGAGAGUAAGGCCUACUACACCCGCUGCGCCAAGCUGCUGCACCCCGUGCUGGCCGUGGACACCCAGCUCAAGCACCAUGUGGAUGCCUGUGAGUUUGAGCUUUGCCUGCUGCACCAGGCCGGCGCCAGCCAGCAGCAGCAGCAGAGGCAGCUUGAUGAUCAGCUCAGGAUUGCCCAGAUUAGCAAGGGCAUCCACACCAGAACCAUGGGGGAGUUCGUGCCUGACCCAUUGUUUGCACCCCUGGAAGGGUCUUGCACCCCUGGGUCCUCAUGGCAGCAGGAUUGCAACAGGUGUGGCUGCACCGACAGUGCACCAGGGGUGCCCAGGUGCACACGCAUUGCGUGUCUGGAUGACUUUGUCCCGGCGCUGGGGGAAGAGUACUGCACCAACGGCUCACGCUGGCGUGGUGGCGAGUGCAGUGUCUGCGAGUGCAUCAGGAACGGCCAAGUUUGUUCUCCAAAUGAAUGCUCGGGAGUGUCGCCACCCGUCACCCAGUCACUGCCCGUCACCCAGACCACCUCGCCCUUCACCUUCCCGCCAUUCAGUGUCUGUAGCCUCCCCAAGGAUGAAGGGUCUUGCCACGGCUUUGCCCUAAAAUGGCACUAUGACGUUGUGGCUGGCAGGUGCACCCAGUUCUACUACACUGGCUGUGGCGGCAACCAGAACAACUUUGACUCGGAGAGAGAGUGUCAACUUAUGUGCGGCAACUUCCCAUUCACAACAGUCUCUCCAAGUAAACCGUCUGGCUGCUACUUGGACCCCGAGGAAGGCCCCUGUGAGGCUCUGCUGCCCCGCUACUACUACAGCCACGCCACGGACCGGUGCGAGAAGUUCUAUUACGGCGGGUGUGAAGGGAACUCCAACAGAUUCACAACACUUGAGGAGUGUCUCCAAACUUGUGGUGUUGCCUCUAAUGCCACCACCCUCGUUCCGUCCGCGUGUCACCUGCAGUGGGACGCCGGCACAUGUCAGGGCAGUCGACUGAAGUACUAUUACGACGCUCGGGCUGACCAGUGCUUCGGGGCGUACUACAGCGGCUGCGGCGGGAACGGCAACAGGUUUAAUUCAGUGCUGGAGUGUAUGCAGACGUGUAGCGGCGCCGGCACCACGACCUCCACGCCCUGCGACAACGAUUUAAAGUCAUGCCCGCUGGACUGCCCCCUCGACUACGUCCUCGACCCAGUCACUAACUGCUUCAAGUGCGUGUGCAGCGGCACCAGCUCCACCCUCCCCACCGCCCCGACCUGCCCCCCGCACUACAUGGUCUGCCCCACCUACUGCCGCUCCACGUACGUCACCGACCACGCCACCGGCUGCCGCAAGUGUGUGUGUGACUCCCCCCUCGCGAACUGAGAUGCCCUAGUGUAUAUUUAUAGGUGUGGACGGCUUAUUAAAGGACCAUAAAGAG